AUGACUGCCGUUAUUUCCAAAUUCAAAGGAGUCGAAUCACGGGUGGUGGAUAGAGAAAAACAAACGAUUUUGGUCACUGGAAGUUUUAAUCUGGAGAAGUUGUUGAAAAAGCUCAUGAAAGAAACAAAUAAAGAAGUGGAGAUUGUGACGCAAGAAGAGAAAGAUGUUGAAUCUGAAAUCAUUCAAAAAAGAGAAUAUGAGAAACUUGAAACUAUACCGGAGAAAAAUGAAGAAACCGAGAUGGUUCAAGAAGAAAAAGAGAAAGAAUAUGAGACGGUUGUAGAAAACGAUGAGAGACCGGAAGAAGAUGCAGAACCAGAAAUAGUUAUUGAACCAAAUAGUGAUGACCGUAGCGAAAGUGAGAUAUAUACGAUGUUCAGUGAUGAAAAUCCCAACGCUAAAUGUACUAUAAUGUAA